GGCUAUCGAGCGAGGUUUUGUUCGCGCAGUCCGCUGUACUUUUCGGGGGGCGGGGUGGCAGAGCAGAAGUGAGGUGGGCUAUUUCUCAGGAGUUUGGGCUGGCAGCCACUUCCUGGUGCUUCUCUCGGCAGCAGAUGCUGGGGGGAAGGUCCUGCCCUCACGAACAGCCCAGAGAUCAGCGAGACGGUAUUUCCUGUGGUGUAUGUAGGGUCGUCUGUGGGAGUGGGGAAGUCGCGGGGGAAGUCUAGUCUCUGUGCCACAUUUACUGUUUUUAAUUUUAACACAGUUAUCUAUUUGUGUGUAGACAAAAUGAUUUCAUCAUAGACAUAUUAUCACUCCCAGAAUAAAUUGGGGACAUUAGUUGACAACAGCUUGACACGUAUGCAUUUGCUGUUGUACUUUCACAGCGAGGUCUCUGUUUAGUAUGUUAGGAGGACCCACAUUAAAGCUCUACCAGUAAGUAAAUUGGCCCUUUGUAAUCCACCUGUCUCCAAAGUUACUGGCUCCAAAUUAUAUGGUCUAGUAGGCUGAAUAAUGACACCAAAAAUGCAGGUCCUAAUUCCUGCAACCUGUAAAUGUAGUAUGGGAAGAGGACUGCACAUUGGAUUGAGCCAAGGAUCUUGAAAUGGGGGAGAUUAUCAUAAAUUAUCUGGCCAGCCCCUCAAUACAAACAGGAUGGUGGGAGAGAGGCAGAGGGAAGAUUGUACAGACAAAAGUCACUAUGUCUUUUCUUGUUGCUGGGAUAAAAUACCCAACCCUCACAAGUUAAAGGAGGAGAGGUUUAUUUUAGCUCACAGUUUCUGGAGGUUUUAGUCUAUAGUCAGCUGGUUCCAAGGCAGGGCAACAUGGCAGAGGGGCAUCACAGGAAACAGUUCUUGACAGGGCAGGAAAGAAGGCAGCAACUUUUAUCCCAUCCAGGCUACAAGACUAUUGGAUGGUGCCAUCCACACCCAGGGUGGGCCUUCCCAUUACUCACACCUAAAACAAUGCUAAACCAAUCAGUGACCUAAGCCAGUUGUCACACCCAUAAUCCAGCCACCUCCCAAAAGCCCCACCUAACAGUGCUUGAGGCUUUGGGGGGAGCAUCUAGAUAAAAGCCCUGGUGCGCUUUGACCCCAGAGCCUGGGAUUGGAGAGUUGUGCCACUAGUCAAAACAUACUAGUGGCCACAGAGCUAAAAGAGGACUGAUUCUCUCUUGGAGCCUCAAGGAAAGCAAGGCCCUUCGUAUGUCUUGAGUUCAGCUCUGUGUAGCUAAGUUUGGACUUCUGACUUGCAGUACUAUGAGAAAAUAAAUUGCUAUUGUUUUAAACAUCCAAGUUUGAGGAAAUCAUGGAAUGUCCAAGUUGGAGAAGACUUAGCAAUCUUCUGGUCUAACACUGCCCAAGAAAGGACAUCCAAUGACAGCUGCCAUCCCAACAUGUGCUCACCAUCCUCAGCUUGCCCUCCUCACAGGGAUGCCCACCACACAAGAACAACAGGAACCAAACAGGGAAGCAUUUAUAACUCAGGAUCUCUAAGAAGAGAUAGAAGUAGUUAAUAUGGAACCAAAACCAUGUGAGUCAAAUGCUGAAGAUCUUUUAUCAAGUAGUGGCAUCACAUCCAACAGAGGUCCUUCAAGCUCAUUUUUUGUGUCAUCUGUUCGUGGUACAGUAAUUGAAAACACAGCUUCAACUGGGACUUUCACACAGAUUCCUAUUUUCCCAAAAUAUGAAGUGGAACUUGAUUCUCCUAGAAAAAUCAUUGCUUAUCCAGGGAAGGAACAUAUUGAACGUGUUUUGGAAGAAUAUUCACAUCAAGUCAAAGAUUUGCAGAGAAGGCUAAAUGAAAGCAAUGAACUGCAUGAGAAACAAAAGUUUUACCUAAGGCAAUCAGUCAUCAAUUUGCAGACAAAACUUCAAGAGAUGCAGAUGGAGAGAGAUGCCAUGGCAGACAUCAGACGAAGGGAGAGUCAGUCCCAGGAGGAUUUGAGAAAUCAGCUUCAAAACACAGUUCAUGAACUUGAAGCUGCCAAAUGCCUUAAGGAGGACAUGAUGGAAAACAGCAGCACACAGAUAGAGCAGCUCAGAAAGGUGAUGCUUAGUCACGAAGGAGUCCUACAGGAAAUCCGCACCAUCCUAGUUGACUUUGAAGACGCCUCAGGCAAGAAAAUACAUGAACAGGACAACAUGUCUACCAUGCCCUUUCGAAGCUUGGGCACAGCUGUUAGUAAAAUGCUAAGAGAAUUAGACACAGAAAUUUCUUAUCUGAAAGGGAGGAUAUUUCCAGUAGAAGAUCAACUUGAAACACUGAAAGCUGAAUCACAGAACAAAAUAGAACUACUACUGCAACAACAUCAAGACAGGAUUGAGCAGUUGAUAAGUGAACAUGAAGUUGAAAUAACAGGACUUACAGAGAAAGCUAGCAGUGCUCGGAGCCAAGCCAACAGUAUUCAGAGUCAACUAGAAAUUAUUCAAGAACAAGCAAGAAACCAAAACUCAAUGUAUAUGUGUCAUCUCAGUGAACUGGAAUCUACUGUUUCUCAGCUGCGUUCUGAAUUAAGGGAAGCCAAAAGGAUGUAUGAAGACAAGAUAGAAGAGCUGGAGAAGCAGUUAGUCCUGGCCAACUCAGAGCUCACUGAAGCACGCACAGAACGGGACCAAUUCAGUCAGGAAUCUGGAAAUCUGGAUGAUCAGCUUCAAAAGCUAUUGGCAGAUCUACACAAGAGGGAAAAGGAGCUGAGUCUGGAGAAGGAGCAGAACAAGCGUCUGUGGGACCGAGACAUGGGCAACAGCAUCACCAUUGACCACCUGCGGCGGGAGCUGGAUGACCGGAACAUGGAGGUGCAGCGCCUGGAGGCCCUGCUCAAGACCAUGAAGAGCGAGUGCCAGGGCCAGAUGGAGCAGCAGAUGGCAGCGAUCCAGGGAAAGAAUGAGAGUCUGGAGAAAGUGUCCUCCCUCACUGCUCAGCUCGAGUCCACCAAGGAGAUGCUGCGCAAAGUGGUGGAAGAGCUAACAGCCAAGAAGAUGACCCUGGAGAACUCGGAGAGGACGGUAUCAGACCUGACAGCUUCCCUGCAGGAGAAAGAGCGUGCCAUAGAGGCUACCAACUCAGAAAUCACUAAGCUUCGCUCCCGCGUGGACUUGAAACUGCAGGAGCUGCAGCACCUAAAGACUGAGGAGGAGCACCUGCAGCAUGCACAGACUGAGUGCGAGGCCCUGCGGCUGCAGAUGGCAGGGAAGGACAAAGUGAUCGAGAUUCUGCGCCAGCAGAUUGAAAACAUGAUGCAGCUGGUGGGCCAGCAUGGACGCACAGCGGGGGCUAUACUGGUAGAAAAGGCCCAGCUGGAGAAAGAGAUAAAUGAUAGGAGACUGGAGCUGCAGGAGUUUAAGGUUUUAAAAGAUAAGAAAGAUGCCAAGAUUCGGGAGCUUGAGGCCAAAGUGAGUGACCUGGAAUUGGAAAAGGUGAAACUGGUGAAUGCAGGCUCUGAGCGGCUCCGGGCUGUGAGGGACAUCAAACAGGAGAGGGAUCAGUUACUAAAUGAGGUGAAGAACAGCAGGAGCGAGCUGAACAAUCUUUCAGAGGACUAUGAAGUCUUAAAAAGAAAUUUUCGAAACAAGAGUGAGGAAAUGGAAACUACUACAAAUAAACUGAAAAUGCAAUUAAAAUCUGCGCAGUCUGAACUAGAGCAAACAAGGAAUACCCUAAAGUCAAUGGAAGGAGCUGAUGGUCAUGCUGUGAAAGUGGCAGUGGGUAUGCAAAAGCAAAUCACAGCCAAAAGAGGUCAGAUAGAUGCCCUUCAAAGCAAGAUCCAGUUUUUGGAAGAGGCCAUGACAAAUGCAAAUAAGGAGAAACAUUUUUUGAAAGAAGAGAAGAAUAAACUCAGCCAGGAACUGAGCACUGUUGCAACUGAAAAAAACAAGAUGGCUGGGGAGCUGGAAGUUCUGCGGUCUCAGGAACGCCGCUUGAAAGAAAAGGUUGCUAAUAUGGAAGUUGCUCUUGAUAAGGCAUCUUUGCAGUUUGCAGAAUGUCAAGAUAUAAUACAGCGUCAGGAGCAGGAAUCUGUACGCCUAAAACUUCAGCACACUUUGGAUGUAAAAGAGCUUCAGGGUCCUGGAUUUACUUCAAAUUCUUCAAUGAAACCACGCCUGCUCCAGCCAGCCUCUUUUACCCGUACCCAUUCUAAUGUACCGUCUUCCCAGUCUACAGCCAGCUUCCUCUCGCAUCACUCCAGGAAGACCACUGCACUGAAGGAAGACCCCACGAAGGACCUGAAACAGCUCUUGCAGGAGCUGAGAAGCGUGAUCAAUGAGGAGCCAACUGUGCAGCUGAGCAAGGCAGAGGACAAAGGGAGAGCACCAUCGCUGGGGGCCUUGGAUGAUAGGGUAAGAGAUUGCAUUAUCGAAUCAAGCCUGAGAUCAGACAUAUGUCAUAGGACUUGUGCGGAGCAGAGUCAUGCUCGCCACCCUGAUCGUAUGAUCUCAGCCUUCACAUGUGCCAGGGAGCCAGUUCUGUUACAUGCAGAACUGGAAGAUCCAUCUAGUUGCUUCACAUUCCCUUCUACAGCAAGCCCAUCUGUGAAAAAUUCAGCUUCCCGAUCAUUCACUUCCCCUAAGAAGUCUCCAGUGCACUCACUGCUCACGAGUUUGGCUGAAGAUUCAGUAGGUUCCUCACCACAGUACGGAUCCACCAAAACCAUUCCCUCACCCGAUUCUGCUAAAGAUUCACAGUCUCUGCCAGUAGAAACAACAGGGAAAACAUGCAGGAAACUUCAGAACAGACUGGAAAGCUUGCAAACCCUGGUAGAAGAUUUGCAGCUGAAGAACCAAGUCUUUUUCAGAGAGACUGAUAUUGGAGUACAUCUGUUAUUCUACCUUUCCAUCCCUAGAGAAUCAAUGUCUUUGAUGAUCAGAAAUCAAGAAAAGAGGAUACAGAAGGUGAAGGACCAGGAAAAAAUGUUACUAAAGUGACACCUCACUUGCCUGUCUUUACAGAGGGAUGAUGUCUUAUCCAUUGUGAUGUUACUUAUAAUUAGUGCCCUGUGUACUUUUUUCUUUUUAUGUGAAAAUUUAAUAAAAGAUACCCUGUCCUGUAAACUCUGUCUCGAGAGUUUUGAAAUAAACUAUCCCUGAAUGCUUUCACACUAAAAACUUUUUUUUUCUAUUAUGUUUAUUGGUACGUUAGGU